AUGAUCCACCGCGAAGUAGCCGAUGGUCUAGAGCGUCUUUGGAACCAUGUGGCAGACCAGGUUGAUAAGAGGUACUUGAUUAGAUGCAGUUAUAUUGAAAUCUACAAUGAAAAGAUCAAUGACCUCCUGGAUAAGAGCAAUCAGGGUUUAACUAUAAGAGAAGAUAUCAAAGGAAAUGUGCUGCUUGAUGCAAGGGAAGCUGUCGUAGACAAUGUUGAUAAAGUUAUGGAGAACAUGAUGCAGGGCAAUAAGAUCAGACGAGUUGCAGCUACUCGCAUGAAUGAGAGGUCAUCUCGAUCACACACGAUUUUCCGGAUUAUUCUGGAGUCGAAAGAUGCCAAUCAGAAGAUGGACCUGUACAUAUAA